UGAGUGUGAGCAAAGAGCUGGCGCGGUGGAGCACGGAGAGAGGCCGAACGUCGAGCAAACCUUCGCGACGCGACCUCGACUCCGCCAGCAAGUACCAAUGCCUCGAGCAAGCCUCCAAGCAAGACAUGCAGCAGCUGGCCAAGCAGGUCGAAGAAGCGGAGGUGCAGUGCCGUGCGCGGACGCAGCAGGUGCAGCAGCUUGAAGCGACGCGCGCCUCCGAUAGCGACGAGCUCUGCCAGCCGGCACACUGUUCUCGCCUGACCUGGGCAUAGAGAGCGACACCGGCCGCGGCGACGAGCGCAGCCGACUCCAGGAGAACUGGCAGCUCAAGCAGAAGCUUACCAAGAGCCAAUCCAUCUUGGAACGCUGCUUUGAGGCGCUCUACAAGAACCGCGACCGGCUGCGCGUAUAGUCCUCCAUGGAGAAGAAGCUGUUGCGCACGGACGAGGUGCUUCUCAAGGCCUCGCACAACCUCAAGCUGCUGCCCAAGUCGCCCCGAAUUGCUGUCGUUAAGGUGCUGGACUAUGAGAGGACAAUGCCUAGCUUGAGUCCGCCGCUGAGGAAUAAACCAUCGCCGACGUCGUCCGUGUCUUCAACUUCGCCGGCCAACUGCUCGGAGCCCUCAUCUGCAUCCUCAGCGCUUGCGGCCGCGACGUCGGCCUUUUUGGCGUCGCUGACGUCCACUCCGAGAAGAAGAAGGAGGCGGAGCCAAGCACAGCAUGCACAAGUGCGCAUGCGUGAUUGGCAGCUGGCGUUGGCAGACCCAGACCCAGACUCCUGUCGUCCAGUCUGGCAGCGACAGCGACUGAAGGAUGACGUGCGCGGUGAUGUUCAACAGCCGUGAUUGAGGGGCCAAGCGGCCACUAGGCGACUAUCGAGGACCAUGGCCACAUUUCGGCCGUGCCGUGAACGAGGAUUAAGAGGCCUGCGAGGUGGCCGGCGACCACCAGGCGGCCAUGGAGGGCCGUGGCCGGCCAUGGACGGCGUGCGGGACAAGUCAGAGGGCCCCGCUCAGCCAGAUUCUGAUUCCCAGUUUGCGAGGCCGACUUUUCCCGAGUGCAUCGUCACGCGGGCUUGCAAGGAUAUCCGCAAAUUGGAGCAGCAGCAGCCUCCGCCAGCAGCAAAGGUCCUGCCUCCGACCCUGGCUUA